GGCUGCGCCGAGGCUGCUUCUGCACAGCUAACGGACUGCGACCCAGAGAGCUCCGCUGAGCGCGUGCGUGCGUCGGUCAGUCAGUCCGUCCGCCCGCGACAGGCCUCCUUCGCGCGUGCUUUCUGCUGCAGAAUUCCAGAUCAUGGCCAAGCCAGCACAGGGUGGCAAUUACCGGGGCUCCAUUCGUGACUUCCCAGACUUUGACCCCAGCCAGGAUGCUGAGGCACUGUACACCGCCAUGAAGGGCUUCGGCAGUGACAAGGAGGCCAUACUGGAGCUUAUCACCUCCCGAAGCAACAGGCAGAGGCAGGAGAUCACCCAGAGCUACAAGUCCCUCUAUGGCAAGGACCUCAUUGCAGACUUGAAGUAUGAACUGACAGGAAAGUUCGAGCGGCUGAUUGUGGGUCUGAUGAGGCCACUUGCCUAUUGUGAUGCCAAGGAAAUUAAAGAUGCCAUUUCGGGAAUCGGUACUGAUGAGAAGUGUCUCAUUGAGAUUUUGGCUUCUCGGACCAAUGAGCAGAUCCACCAGCUGGUGGCAGCCUACAAAGAUGCCUAUGAGCGAGACCUGGAGUCAGACAUCCUUGGUGACACCUCAGGCCACUUCCAGAAGAUGCUCGUGGUCCUGCUCCAGGGAACCAGGGAGAAGGACGAUGUUGUGAGUGAGGACUUGGUUCAACAGGAUGUCCAGGACCUGUACGAGGCAGGGGAACUGAAAUGGGGAACUGAUGAGGCCCAGUUCAUUUACAUCUUGGGGAAUCGCAGCAAGCAGCAUCUCCGGUUGGUGUUUGAUGAGUACCUGAAGACCACGGGGAAGCCAAUUGAAGCCAGCAUCCGAGGGGAGCUGUCUGGGGACUUUGAGAAGCUAAUGCUAGCCGUGGUGAAAUGUAUCCGGAGCACCCCGGAGUAUUUCGCCGAAAGGCUCUUCAAAUCCAUGAAGGGCCUGGGGACCCGGGACAACACCUUAAUCCGCAUCAUGGUCUCCCGGAGUGAGCUGGACAUGCUGGACAUCCGGGAGAUCUUCCGGACCAAAUAUGAGAAGUCCCUCUACAGCAUGAUCAAGAAUGACACCUCUGGCGAGUACAAGAAGGCCCUGCUGAAGCUGUGUGGGGGUGAUGAUGAUGCUGCUGGCCAGUUCUUCCCGGAAGCAGCGCAGGUGGCCUAUCAGAUGUGGGAGCUUAGUGCAGUGUCCCGAGUAGAGCUGAAGGGAACCGUGCGCCCAGCUGAUGAUUUCAACCCUGAUGCAGAUGCCAAAGCUCUGCGGAAAGCCAUGAAGGGACUCGGAACCGAUGAAGCCACCAUCAUUGAUAUCAUCACACAUCGCAGCAAUGCCCAGCGGCAGCAGAUCCGACAGACCUUCAAGUCUCACUUUGGCCGGGACUUAAUGGCUGACCUCAAGUCUGAGAUCUCCGGAGACCUGGCCAGGCUGAUUCUGGGGCUCAUGAUGCCACCGGCCCACUAUGACGCCAAGCAGUUGAAGAAGGCCAUGGAGGGAGCUGGCACAGAUGAAAAGGCUCUCAUUGAAAUUCUGGCCACUCGCACCAACGCUGAAAUCCGGGCCAUCAAUGAAGCCUAUAAGGAGGACUAUCACAAGUCCCUGGAGGACGCCCUGAGCUCAGACACAUCCGGCCACUUCAGAAGGGUUCUCGUCUCUCUGGCCACGGGGAACCGUGAGGAAGGCGGAGAAGACCGGGACCAGGCCCGGGAAGAUGCUCAGGUGGCUGCUGAGAUCUUGGAAAUAGCAGACACUCCCAGUGGAGACAAGACUUCCUUGGAGACGCGUUUCAUGACAGUUCUGUGCACCCGUAGCUAUCCCCACCUCCGAAGAGUCUUCCAGGAGUUCAUCAAGAUGACCAACUAUGACGUGGAGCACGUCAUCAAGAAGGAGAUGUCUGGGGAUGUCAGGGACGCAUUUGUGGCCAUCGUUCAGAGUGUCAAGAACAGGCCUCUCUUCUUUGCCGACAAACUUUACAGGUCCAUGAAGGGCGCUGGCACAGAUGAGAAGACUCUCACCAGGGUCAUGGUCUCCCGGAGUGAGAUCGACCUGCUCAACAUCCGGCGGGAAUUCAUUGAGAAAUAUGACAAGUCCCUUCACCACGCCAUUGAGAGUGACACCUCCGGAGACUUCCUGAAGGCCUUGCUGGCUCUCUGUGGUGGUGAGGACUAGGGCCACAACUUUGAUGAGCCCAUCUGCCAAGAACCAUUACCUGCACUAGCCGCCAUGACCAAGCCAUUGUUCCAGCUUCAGAAACUAAGGAAAGAGCAUGGGUGGAGAAGGUGCUGUGUUGGGUUCUUCACGUGGGCUUAGGAAAGGCUCCCACUCCAUAGGACAGUGGGGACCCAGCACGGUCCCUCCUGCUCAUGGCUAAGCACCUGAAGAACCACAGACACCAGUCCCGUCCACUUCUGUUCCCCAUCCCUCAUCUCUGGCCUUCCUCAGCUUCUGUCCCUUGCCACAGCCCUGGCCCUGGUUUGGGCAGUAUUUUGCCCCAUCCCAAAAUACUGAGCCUGUGCUAUAAAAUGAGUGAUGUGUGUGCUUUGACUGACAGGGUAUGGUGGCAGGUACCGGGUGAGUGUACCAGGGGCAAAGAAGGGAGGAAUAAAUAUUUGGGCAAACUGGCACCCCUCCCCCACUCCAUUUCCCCACCCAGUUUGCUAGUCCAGGGCCAGUGGUCAGGAUGCCUGGGCUCCAGUUUGCAUCUGCCAUGCAUUCAUUUCUGUCCCUGGGCCUUUCCCCCCGAGUCUCAGUUUUAUCAUCUACAAAAUGAGAGUCGGACCACAAAAUUUUGACAUCCCUUCUAAUAUUGGCCCUAGAGUAAGCCUGCAGUUCAUCCCCUGAGUCCUGUUCAUUCUGUAAAAAACAACAAAAAUGGAACACAUAGAGACAUUUCCAAUGAGGGCCAUUGUCUUCUACCUAGAACCUGGAUUUUCCUCCGGCAUGGGGAGGUGGUUAAACGGCCCAGGAGUGAGUGUUAUCUUUUCACUCUUCCUGCUGCUUCCUGGAAAGCCCCCCCUGGAAAGUCCCCCCACACACAGAGAGUCUGAGUUUGCCUCAAGCUUGGGAAGGUGGCCCAGCCUGCCACCUCAGCUCCCCUCUCACUACCUGGACAUCUCCCUGUGUGCUCUCCAUCCAUCACAGCCAACCCCACAUUUCCUCCUUUGACCCCUUCAAGGGCACCAAUUCAAUCAGCAUCUGGGGAGGCCCAUGGAAAUUUUCCACUUUGUGAAUGUUACCGAUAAGCAAGUGAGCUUAAGUAGUUUCUCUGUCUUCCUUUCCCCUAGCCCAACUUUUGCUCUGUGAGUUGGAUCUAAGCUUGUCCAGUGUCUGGGAUGUGAGGUAGUCCACUGGCCAGAGGGCUCUAUCUCCUACCCUGGCUGCCCAGGCCAGGCUAUUUGGGUUCAGUGUGUUUGUGGUAACUGUGUGGACAGCAGGGAGAACUGAGGACUUGCUGGGUCUGCUCUUGUCUUUCCCUUGCUAUGUAACCUCAGAACAGCCAUUCAGUGUCACUGGGCCUCAGUUUCCCCCUUUGUAUGGUGAGGGGAGACCCAACGGUUUUGAAGAACCCUCCCUGGCAUAGAGUCUGAAACUAAGAAGUGACCUGGUGGAGUCUUCUCCACUUCCUUGCCUCUACCAGGCUGUGAUCCAAAAUGCCUUGAGGGUCAGCUGAGCACUUCGGGGUAUUUGCCCAAUGUAAAUGUUACUGAAAGAGAAUGGUUAAUGGUUUGGCUUGGGACCUUUUGUCACUGAGCAUGUAAUCUCUCUGGGCCUCCAUUUCUUUAUCUAUAAAGUGGGAUCGUAAUCCUUCCUGUCCUGUAGCCUUGUGGGAGUCACAUGAGAAGCUCCUGGAAGUGCUAAGAACCAUUGUCAAUUGUAGGAGCUGAAAGGUGAAUCCUGUGAUGUUUCCAAGCUUGAACUUCAAGAAGUUGAUCAGCUGCAGAUCACAGAGGCCCCCCAAAGCCAAAAAGGAUG